GAUCAAGAUACGAUUGAUUCUGUCAAAGUCCCAGUUUGAUACGGUACGACCAAGUGUGGGUUUCCUGUAGGCAGCCAUCCAAAGUACUUUACUGUGCUUCUAGGAGAUCACAAUCACUGGGAAUCUGCUGGUACUACGUCUAUUUACCCUCCUGGUCAUAGCCAUGACUCAUCCAUCAUUCCAGCCAGAAUCAAGGGUGUCCAAAGGGUGUCCAAAUCUCAACCAGUUUUGCAUUGGCGCAUCCAGUGGAUUGCAUUCUUGGAAGACUAGAGGUUUCCCUCUUGAGAUGAGGGCUUAUUGAGCACUGCCAAACCCCUGUGAUUGUGGUUUGCAGAGGUAUCAAUAAGUGCUUUGUGGCUAUUGCUAUUCUACUACCUAAAGAAUGCUGAAACGAAAACAUUUCAACCUGGCUAGCUAGUAGUCUAGAUAAAAUGAAUAGGCUCAAGACUAGCUAGCGCACCGUCGUACGGAAAAGCCGCCACGGCAAUGCAUAUUUUUGUCGUUUCACGAGAUAUAUUUUUGCCGUUUCAUCUGCUUUGCGAUCUGUUCUGCCGACAUAGCAGGCAUGGUGCACAGUGCAGAGACUGCUGUGGUACCUGUACAGGACAAGAGAAUAAUUAGUAGCAACACAGCAACAAAGACGCAUGAGCUGUCAGUCUAUUACAAUAAACCAUUAGGUAGGGGGAGAGAAACAAUCGUUGAAAGCAAGCCAGUCGCUCGUCGCUCGAGACCAGUGUCAAUUUGGAUCAGAAAAGCAGAAUCUAUCAACUUAGCUGGAUCAGUCACGGUGCAGUUGUGUGCCAAGGGCCAGAGAAGCCACAAUGCCUCCAUUCGAUGUGAUUGCAGAGCACUGGAAUACACUGAAAUUUGUUGUGAUGGUUGGUGAUGGCAGCACAAAUCUUCUUCUCCCGGAGGAGGAUUUCACAUGCUUUCAAUUGUCCGUGCCCAUAAAGCACCUGUAUCGCAGGAAGAAGAAUACUGCCAAACUUCUCUUUAACUUUCGAGAAAAGCUUGCCCAGUACAUCAUUAAGAAUGCUGGUUUCAAGCAUCCCUAUAUCAAUUACAUUGUUAGGGACGAGACAGUUUGUCUCGGUAUCUACGGAAAUGACAACUAUGAUUUCAUCUUUGUGGAAAACACUCAAGAAUUUGACUCAGGCAUCAAGAGCAUUCUGGCCCAUGAGGGUUUUGAUCCAGAAAAGAACCAGAUUGUCAUUUGUUUCGAGAAAGACCUAAGAGACGAGCCCAUGUCCACUGGUGAAGCAGAAGAUGCCAGCAAACCGCCAGUGGCCUUGUUAGCGGAAGGGCCAAAAGAACCGGAACGCGGCAGUGACACCCCAGUUACCAAACACCUAAUUUCAACGAAAUCUCCAUCAAAAGUGCCAGCGGGCGCCGACGAACCAGAGGUGCCUGAUCAGUGGACUGCCACCACUCCGUCAGGCAAGUUUGCCAGUUUUCCAGCAGAGAACACCGGAACAGGCUCCUUGCCAGCCACUGCGAACAAGAGCAAUGUGUUUUCCAAGGGGGGGUCCACUAAUUCAAUACCAGCAGAUAGUGAGAUCUCGGGAGGGACAGGAGAAAGGCACAGUAUGGACUUGGUGACUGCGGAUGGCGCUUGGACAAGUGCGGAAGCGGGUUGUGGUGGAUAUGAACUUUCUGGGUCCAUUGGUGGAUGGGAUCAGUUCAAGGCAAACGAGAAGCUGGUCAAAGUCAAAGUACCCCCCUUUGACAUGGGUUUGUACUCUACCAAGCUGGGAAAAAAGCACUUGGACAGUAGGCAAGUCGCCAAAGCGGAAAGAAUGGCUCGUGAAAUCGAGAGGGAGGCAUUGACGCUGGAUGCCGUCACCCGAAUCUUUCGAAUGAAGAGUUCCAAAGAGGACCCUUCGUUCCAACCAAAGGUGCAGACCACCCAUAUCCACAAGUUCAAUAAUUCGAGCGACACUACUGAUCUGUAUCGUCUGCUCCUUUCGGAUGGGACAAAAUUUAUCCGUGGGUUCCUCAGCGAAAGCAACAACCACUUGGUGGAAAACGGCUCACUUCAACAGAAUUCCAUCAUUUCAUUGCAACAAUUCGUGAUGGACACGGAUGAUACGUCUGGCCAACAGUUUGUUGUUGUCUACAAGUUGGGCAUCAUUGAAAGCAAUCAAAGACAGCAUAUUGGGGAAGCAAUGAAUAUCAACGGUGUCCCUGCUGUAGGAGUCCCUCCUUCUCUACGACAACAAGCGGCAUCAUAUGACAGGCAACCAAACACAGUAAAGUCAGGAUCGGGCAACUCGCGCCGCCAGCUUGGCCCAACAGAAACCACAGAAAGGGAGCAACAGACGGAAUUGGAUCAAACAAUAGACGAGAUGAAGAACAAUCUCAGCAAUGCUGACAUUCUAGUUGGCCAGAUUCGACGGGUCCCACACAUUCUGAGACGCAUAUUUGGACCAGACGAUGAGCCCAGCUUGGAGCUCAUAUUAGAGCAUCGGCAAGCCACGGAAAAGCUGGCCUUGGUCCUCGUUUUGGCAAUGAAAAUGCACUCGACAAAUCGAGAGCUCCAGAGGCAAGCUUCAUCGGUCGUUUGCCGUGCUAGUAUCAAGGUCAGCACUUUCCAUCAAGCAUUUUUGAAGCAACAUGGCGCAGAGGUGUUGGUGACUGCAUUGAAAAGGUUGUUGGAACACUGCAAAGUGUGCCAUGCAAUAGUUUCCUUUUUCCGACUAUUGGCUGCUAUGAAGUAUGAGACUGCCAGCAAAAUUUGUGGGUUGCGUAGACUACAUGGUCUUGAUUUGGACUUUAGAACCCCGGACGAGAAUGAUUAUGCGCUGCUCAACAGUGCACUCCUCAAAGCAGCAGGCACAAUUCUCCAAGCCCUCAAAAUGCACCCCAGGUCGGUGGAACUCCAAGAGGGGGGAAUUGAAUGCCUUGAGCGCACUUCCUAUGAUAUUGACAAGCAAGGAGAAACCUUUUUUUGGGACUUGCCCUGUGAUUCCAUCAAGCUGGUCAUCACGAUAUUGCGAUCGCAUAAGACGUUUGCCGACCAUGCAAAGAUCAACAGAGAUGCGUGCAGUCUACUCUACAAAGUCCUACAUCGCUCCACAGACACCAUUGGCAGAACGGCUGCACUCCUCGACCGAACAGGCCAGGCAGAAGCUGUGGUUGGUUUGGCAGAAUGCACCAUCCGGAAGGAUGUGUAUGCGGAAGAAUGGACUUGGAUUGCUUUUAUGUUGAUGUGUAUGGUGCUCUCUCGGUACCCUCACUUGGCACCACAGUACUUGCAUGCUUUGAUGUCCUUUUGGAAGGAGCAACCAAACAAUCCUUUUUUGGCAUCAACUGGCUGUGCCUUGCUUACGUGCAUUGACUUGGGGGCAAGUGGCAUGAUGGACAAUCCGCAUGGAAUCAUUGAUUUGGUGGUCGGCGGAGCCCAGCAGGCACGAAAACAUGAGGACCCUGGUAUGUUUGAGGAUUGCACCUUUGUUUUAAAGAAGCUUGCCAAGAGCACUGCUUGCCUUAGUGCCAUUGCAGCUGUCCCCAAGUUUGUUGCCUCAAUUACCAUUGCCCCUCCUGAAGACAUUGGUUGUUCAGAAGAGGUCAGUGUACAUGUCAUUCACAUCUUUUCAUCAUUGGUACGUGAUGGUGGCAUCAGUGCCAUUAUGCCUGCUGAGAGCCCUUAUUGCUGUGUUCAUGGCAUCAUCAAUGCAAUGAGUUCAACUCCCCAUUACCUAUUGGUCCAAAAGGCUGCGUUCCGUCUCCUUUCCAUGGUGGACUUUACAAAGGCUGAUGCCAAACUUGCUUUUACGAAAGCAGGGGGUCCUUCCACAGUUAUCGCCUCCCUUUCGGAACACUUCUGGGAUGAAAAGCUGUCAGAAAAUGCUUGCAAGUUGAUGAACAUGUUAACCUGGUCUUCGAAUGGACUCAAUAUGCAGCCACUUUUGGAGGGCCUGUUGGCGGCAGACAAUGCUGCAGUUGCCAUCUUGAGACCUGCUCGAAGAUUCCUCAAAAACGGGAUUAUUUGGGAUGAAGGAGGCACCUCUGUCUUUCGAAUCCAUGAUUGGCAGUAUGACAAGAAAAUAUGUGGAAUGCCAAUCACAGAGAGUGCCCAGCACGGAUAGACGGGGAAUGGGAGGGGCUUUCAAAGAUGCAAGUAACACAGGAAGCCCAAAUAUUCACCUGGAGGGUAGGGACACCAGUCGACAGCGCUACAGUAGAGACUCGGCACAAAGGCAAUGUACUGGAAGCUAGGACUGCUAAUCUAUCUAUCUAAACACAAUAAAACUAAACAGAAACACAUUCUUCCUUACGUAAAACACAGAAC